AUGUUUUCAGGAAAUCGAAUGUGCCGGGCGAUCAAGACGAACCCAGACGUGUCAUGGACGAGCCCGUGGUGGAGCCUGGUCUGGAACGACUUCUGGGGGACCCCGCUGACCCACAGCGGGUCCCACAAGAGCUACCGUCCCCUCACCGUCCUCACCUACCGCCUGAACCAUCUGUUCGGGGAACUGGAUCCCCUGGGCUACCACGUGGUGAACGUGUUCCUCCACUUCCUCGCCACGGCCCUCUUCGGCCACCUGGCGUCCAGACUGUUCCGGCGUCGGGCCGUGCCCACCCUCGUGGCGACGUUCACGUUCGCCGUGCAUCCGAUCCACACGGAGGCCGUGGCCGGGAUCGUCGGGAGGGCGGACAUCCUCGCGUCCAUCUUCUUCCUUCUCGCUCUUCGCUCCUACAUGGCGUACUUGGACCUCGAUGCCAGUGAUCAGUUCAAGUGUGAUACUUCCCGGACCUCUAAGUUAUUGAAGAGGUGGUGGUUCCUCUCCCUCACCGUCCUAUCCGCCUUUCUAUCCAUGUUGAGCAAGGAGCACGGGCUCACCGUCUUGGGCGUCUGUGCCGUCACGGAUCUGCUCCUCGUCUCUAGGCUCAGGCUCCGAGAUCUCUUCUCCAGUCACAUAUUCGAGAGGGGAGCAGGAAGCAGUCGAGGUGUGCAGUACGAGGGCGUGAUGGUACUAGUCGUGGGUUUCUUAGGGAUCCUGGCCCUCCGCCUCUCGAUCAUGGGCGCCAAGACCCCGGAGUUCUCCCCGGCCGACAACCCGGCGGCGGAUUCCGACAGCGUCGUCUUGCGGACGCUCACCUUCUUCUACUUACCCGUGUUCAACUUCUUUCUUCUUCUCAUGCCCGCGGUGUUGAGCUUCGACUGGAGCAUGGACGCCAUCCCGCCGGUGAGUUCGCCCUGGGACGUCAGGGCCUGGCUGUCCGCCUUCGUCUACCUGCUCCUUCUCUAUUGGGGCUGGGGGAUCCUCGACGCCCUCCAACGGAGGAAGGAACAGGAACCCGAAAGGGUCGAGCGGAACGGUUCGACCGCUGUGAUACAUGCACCCCUCGUGGUGUCCCAUGGAUUCCCCUGGGAUACCCUGGACGUAUCUGUGAUGGGCCUGGCCCUGCUCCUCUUCCCCUUCGUCCCGGCCUCGAAUCUCUUCUUCUACGUGGGAUUCGUCGUGGCGGAGAGGGUCCUCUACAUCCCGUCUAUGGGGUAUUGCCUCCUCCUCGCUCUGGGCUUCCAUCUUCUCCAGUCCAAGACGGAGUCCGUGCCGGGGAAGCGGAUCCUUCAUCUCGCCCUCGUCGGGCUUCUCCUGCUCUUCUCCGUUCGGACUCUGGUGCGGAAUCGGGACUGGGCCUCCGAGGAAAGCCUCUAUCGAUCCGGCAUCCUCGUCAACCCGCCCAAGGCCUACGGGAAUCUGGCCAACAUCCUGAGCGCUCAAGGGAAUAAGGAGGACGCGGAACGCGCCUACAAACUCGCCCUUUCUUAUCGAAGCAACAUGGCGGAUGUUCAUUACAAUCUCGGGAUAUUAUAUCAAGAGACGAAACGAUACGAAGAAGCCAUACAGUCCUACCGAUUGGCCAUCCAGUUUCGACCCCGAAUGGCGAUGGCUCACUUGAACUUGGGUUUGGUGUUGGGGCUGUUGGAUCGAAAAGAGGAGGCGAUGGAGGUUUAUCUCCAUUGCUCCACACUGGACGUCUCGGGGCUCAAGGACCCUCGGACACAUGAAGCCACCAAGAGCCUGUAUAACAUGCUGGGGGAGGCGCACUUCAAGAAGGGGGAUUUGAACGAAGCGGAGAAGUGGUACUUGGAAGCCUUGAAGGCCAAACCGGAUCACGUCCCCGCACAUCUCACCUAUGGCAAACUCCUCGCCAAACUCAAUCGGGUGGAGGAGGCGGAUGCAUUGUUCCAGCGGGCACUCAAGCUCGUCCCGGAGGACUCUACCGUCCAUCAGCACUACGGACAAUUCCUGUCGGAGAGGGAUCGGGCGGAGGAGGCGGCGCGGCACUACGUGAAGGCGGCGGAAUCCGCGCCGAGCGAAUACGAGAUCAUCUUCAAUGCCGCCAACACACUCCGACAGGCUGGACGGAACCAAGACGCAGAGGCUUUCUACAGGAAAGCCGAAGCAACAAGUCAUCUGAACCUGGGUGCAAUGCUGCAUGUGAAUGGGAAGCUGGAGGCAGCUGAGGAGAGUUACCUGGCAGCCCUGAGACUCAAACCUGACGAUCCCAUCACAAAAACCAAUUUGCAAAAGUUGAGGCAACUCCAGGGCAAGAAAAGCAAGGGGGGAUCGAGUGAAAGAUGACUAAAGGGUCCUCUCUUCGACAUCCAGUCUGUGAUGGACAACCCUUGUCUUACAGGGUAUUUCCUCGUGCCCUUGUGAUAUCCCUGUCCCAGUUGUGUUUUUGAGUGAGAUCCCUAAGCCAAAGAAUUCAGCACCAUCCCUUUGGGUGUGAUCAUGACUGACAAUGACCUUUUAUUCAUCUAAAAAAAUUUGAUUCCUUUACUUCUUUCAUGACCUAGUUGUGAUACCAACAACUGUCCCUAUUUAUGCCAGAAAUGAAG